AUUCGAAUCAGAGUGCGCAAGCGCACCAUGCCCCCUCUCCGGAUACAUUUGUAUACAAAACUCGAAAAGUUCUCACCAAGUUGUCAAAAUUUUCCUUGAAUCUCGCGAAGACAGAACCAAAAUGGAUACCAAGCAACCGCCGACAAUUAUUUUUCACCCCAUCAUCUCGUCAAUUCAAAAAAUCGCACUGUACGAGACCAAAUCCAGAUUCUACCUGAUGGGGUCAAAUAACACUCAAACCCGAUUCCGAGUCCUGAAGAUCGACCGGCAAGAGUCCCGGGAAUUAUCCCUAGUGGACGACAAAAUGGAAUACACUCAGGAGGAGAUAAUCGAGCUAGUAAACAUGAUCGACCAGGGUAACCGAUCGAAAGCCGGUCACCGUUCGAAAGGCCACGGUGUAGCCAAAAUAGUAUCAGCCUUUGGCAUCGUCGGUUUCAUUCGUUUCCUGGAGGGCUACUACAUAAUCCUCGUGACGAAGCGUCGCAGAGUCGCAGUGAUCGGCCACCACACCAUCUACAAGAUCGAGGACACAGCGAUGAUCUACAUACCGAACGAUUCGGUCCGCGUUUUUCACCCGGACGAGCAGCGCUACGUCAAGAUGUUCCAGAGCAUCGACCUGAACAGCAACUUCUACUUCAGCUACUCGUACGACCUGACGCAGACCCUCCAGACUAACUCAGCGGCCCCCAAGCACAUAAAAACUGAGACAACCAGUGGGGAUCAGAGCCGAGAGAGUGGGAACGACGAGGAGUUCUUCAACAUGUGGCUGUCCAGGAGGAACUGGCAGAAGAACGAUGAGUACGGAAUAAGAAGUAAUCCUCACCGUCGUUUCGUCUGGAACGAUCACCUCCUGAAGCCAGUGGAGAAGGAUCUUCAUCGAGACUGGAUUCUCUACAUAACUCACGGCUUCGUUGGCCAGUCUAAUGUCAGUAUAUUCGGCAGGUCAAUGUACAUAAUCCUGAUAGCAAGACGUAGCAACCGAUACGCGGGCACGAGGUUCCUGAAACGUGGUGCCAACUGCAAAGGGGACGUUGCCAAUGAGGUUGAGACUGAACAAAUUGUUCAUGACUCAGCAGUAUCAUCUUUACACAACGGUAGAUUCAGCUCCUUCGUUCAGAUGAGGGGCUCAGUCCCCGGUUACUGGUGCCAGGACAUCAGUAAGAUGGUUCCCAAACCGACCAUCUCCUGUGUCCUGGCGGAUCCGUUCUUCGAGUGCGCUGGGGCGCACUUCAACGAGCUCCUCAAGCGCUACGGGGCCCCAAUAAUCAUUCUCAACUUGGUCAAGAAAAGAGAGAGGAAGAAGCAUGAGAGCAUUCUGAGUGAGGAGAUGUUCGAUGCUGUUGAAUAUCUCAAUCAGUUUCUGCCUCUUCAACAUCAGAUUCAGUACGUCAGCUUCGACAUGGCGAGAAUGAACAAGGGAAAGACUGCCAAUGUCAUGGGGAGACUGGCAAAUAUUGCAAACAAUGCUGUACUCAAGACUGGAAUUUUUCAGUCACAGGAGCCGUACUACAAUCAGCGAAAGACUCUCAAUCCCUCUGGGAGCGUCAAGAAGAGCCACAAAGAGAUGACUGCCUCGAUGACUAAGAAUUUCGAUCUCGAGGUGAAUCCACAAAUUGAGGAGAAGAUCAGGGACUUGUUCCUGACGAAGGGAACCGUUCAGACUGGCAUCAUUCGGACAAAUUGUGUUGAUUGCCUUGACCGAACUAAUACUGCUCAAUUCGCCAUUGGCAAGUGUGCACUGGGGUAUCAACUGUGUGCUCUUGGUGUUCUGGAGCAACCCAGACUGGAAUUUGAUUCUGAUUGCGUUAGAAUGCUGGAGGAGAUGUACGAGGAUCAUGGGGACACUCUUGCACUCCAAUACGGUGGCUCACAGCUUGUUCAUAGAAUCAAGACUUACAGGAAAACUGCCCCCUGGACCAGCCAGGGAAAUGAUAUAAUGCAGACAUUGAGCAGAUACUACAGCAAUACCUUCAGCGAUCAGGAGAAACAACACACCAUCAACUUGUUCCUGGGGGUUUUCGUGCCUGAGGAGGGUAAACCGCCGAUCUGGGAGCUCCUCACGGAUUACUAUCUUCAUAAUAAGGCAGCAGUGACGUACAGAAGGAGAAACAAAGUACUGACACAAUGGUGGGAUGACAAUGUUUACAAGUGUCUACCCUAUGCUUACAAUCAGGUGGCUAAGACUUGCUCGGAGAUGAUUCAGGUACAGCACUCGCAGGAGGAAAUGGUCGACAUUUAUUAUGAUUAUCAUCGACCUUUUGAGCUUAUCCAGCUGGCGGAAAUUUAUGCUUAUCAGGUGAGCCACUCGGUGAGGGACUUCAUGCCUCAUUUCACCACCAACUUCAGUCCCUUCGCCGUGAGAAUAAGACCUGGCAGACGAAGGGAGGAAACCUCCAGUAAAAAUGCGAACAUCAAAAACCCCUCGAUGACAGGACAAAGCAGCACAAGCAGCAAUGCCAGCAGUGCCAGCUCGAGUGUUGACACAAGCUCUGAUGACGAGGACUCAAGACAUGGUAGUGACAACCAGUUCAUUCCAUUGAAGGACCCCAAUGAGAUGAUGAGCUUCGAGAGCCUCUUCCUCUCGAUGAGAGAGGUCUACGGAGUCGAGCCCCAGAUCCCCAGAAGGAGUGACCUCAUUCUAUACAAGAGAUAUGUAAUGAUGGGACGAAAUGCAACUUACCACAGUGAUUAUUCCAGCUUGAGGUCCAAGAUGCUGCAGCAGGCUACCUUCCCUGAUGUCACCCCUGUAAAAGUGGAGCUGCCCAAGGUCUCAGAUACUAGUGUCAGUAUUUACGAGCAGUAUGUGCAGAGGGGAAAGAAUGGAGGCUUCGCCCCCAGUCCCAUGGAUCUUCAUUUGUAUGAGAAAUAUGCUAGCCAGCAGCUAAUGAUCCUGGGAGUGCGUUGUAAGGAGGCAUUUUGACAAUUCAAUGCUAUUUGAAUUUCACCAUGUCUUCAAGUCAAGGAAUACCAAAAGCAAAUUUUUUUUGUUACUAAUUAUUAAAAGUUUAUAGUUAAUUAUAUGCAACUUUGAAUGUGAUAUGUAUUUUUUUUAUAAGUGUGGGAAUGAAAAAUGUAAACUAGUGUACGUCAGAGAAAUAUAAUUAAAUUUUUUUAUCACGACUGACAUCAUCUAUAAUAUUGUUCUAUCGAGUUGAAGGAUGAAUGUAAUAAAAUUGUAAAUUGUUA